AUGGCUGCUAUUAGGAAAGAACUUGUUUAUGCUGCAAUUAGAAAAGUUGAUGCAUUAAUAGAUGUUAGCAUUUACAAUGACAUGACCGAAAUUCAUGAAUCUCAAAUAAAAUCAAUUUUUGAUGAUGAAUCUCUUAUAAGCGAUGAAAAGUUGGAAGCAAUAAGGAUAUUAAUAGAAGAUCAUGAUUACCAAAAAGUUCUUCUUAAUGAAGGAACAAAAAGAUUGUGUAAAGAAUGUCAAAAAGAUUGUUUUGCUACAUUAUAUUGUGAACAUUGCGUUCGAACCUAUUUAAUAAAUAAUUUUUCUAACUGGACAUCUGGAAAUAGUGAUAUUGAUAAUCUAAUACAAGAAUGUCAAAAAGUAUCACUUCGUCCAGAUAAAAUUAUUGAAUGGAUACCAUAUAAUAAAUUACAAAAUAGUAAAUAUAUAACUAAAGGUGGAUACUCCGAGAUUUAUUCAGCACUUUGGACUGAUGGAGAAUAUGUUGAGUAG